AUGGAUGCUGGCAAUGACAGCAACCAUGACAACUCCGAGCAGGGCUCACCCGCCUUGACAGCUUCCAAGCCACCACGAAUGCAACCAUCCUGCGACUUCUGCCGCCGGUUAAAGAUCAAAUGCGAAAGGAAAGCACCAGGCGAGCCAUGCCUCCAGUGCAGGGCUCGAGAUGCCGAGUGCAAAAGCACCGUCAUUCCCAGAAGACCGAAGACGAAGAGGAAGGACCAUCUAUCUUUGAUGGAGAGUCGUAUCCAGCAACUGGAAUCAGCGAUCGCCUCCGCCAUUUCAGCCCCGGAAGAUUCUGAAGACUGGGAACAAGGCAACAUCUCACGUCAGGUGGGAAUAUCAGACAAUCUGUCCAUGAUAUUAAUAAAUGAGCAAGGAGGGUCUCAAUUUGUUGGGUCAUCGUCAGGAUUCUCUAUAUUUUCACCUCGUGGCCUCCGGUGGAUCUCGGAGAAGACUGGAUCUCGAGAUCUGGAACGACUUGUAGAUCAAGUAUUUCAUCUCGACCCAGAAACUUGGGACCAGGGGUGCUGGAACAAAUUUGUCGAUGUUACAUGGCACCCGAUUCCGCAAGAUCAACAUGAACCAUUCCCAGAAAAAGAUGUAGCUCUCAAAUAUGUUGAAGCAUUCUUCAAUACUUGCAAUUCCAUUUUCCCUGUCUUUAACCGGACUAUUUUUGAUAGAAGAUUUGAGCGGCAAUACUCAGAUAACCCCCCCACGGGGACAGGAUGGUAUGCAUCUUUUAACAUGGUUCUUGCUAUUGGCAGCGCUCUCGACACUGAACAUCCUUUGGCGAAUCCAAACCACAUUAUGCGAAGAGCUUUAGAUCUCUCACAGGGUCCUUCUGCGAAGUGGUUGAGAAAUGCGACCAGCGUUUUCCUUGAUAUACAGUUCGGGCCGGCAACACUAUUGUCCGUGCAGGCGCUGGUUGUAAUGGCUUUGCUGUUACAAGGAGCUUCGAAUCCACAUCAAGUAUAUACUCUGGUGGCUACAGCUGCAAGAUUAGCACAUGCUAUCGGUCUCCAUCGUUGGUUAGACGACUUUGGACUAUCCGAAGAGCAGGCAGAUGAACGGCGCAAUACUUUCUGGCUACUCUACACGGUAGAUAAGGGCACUUCUCUUCAGACCGGACGUCCGUCGAUCAUCCAUGAUCAGGAUAUAGGAAUCGCGUUGCCGCAGGAGAAAGAACCUAUAUUGCUGUAUCCCAAUGGGAGGCGGAGGUUUGAUACAUUUACCGCCUCAGCAAAACUAGCCGUGAUCGAGAGUCGAGUUUACACCGAACUCUAUUCUACGCGGUCGCGAACGAGAACCGUUCUUCAAAGACUGAAAUCGAUAGGGCUAUUAGACACCGAACUUCAGAAAUGGCGAGAACAUAUUCCUAUCGAGAUACGACCGGAGCACGAGAUCAUAUGCGAUCCACAGCAACUGAUGGCGGUUGUUAUACUCCAUUACUCUUACUAUAAUUGUCUUACGGCCAUCCACCGAGUAUCAAUCUAUCAUGGCCCUUGGACGAUCGAGCCUGAAGACCAGAAGCUAGCUCGACAUGACAUCGAUUUGAACCCGCGAGUUUAUGCCAGCGAAUCAAUCUGUGUAGCUGCUGCGCGGAAGGUCAUCCAAAUUCUUGAUCUUUUCAAGAAUGAGAGUACUCCACCCAUGAUAUGGAUCGCCGUAUCCCAGCCACUCUGCGCUUCAUUGACACUAUUUGCUAAUAUCCUUCAACAUCCUCGAGAUCCCAACGCCAUGUCUGAUCUCAACAUGAUGCAUUAUGUCACCUCUCUCCUAGCCCAAUUAGUUGCUCACGGACAUUUCGCUUUUGCUAGCAACACGCUUUCGAUCUUCCAGGAGUUGCUUCAAAUUGCGAACCUUUUCCUAGCUAGAGAACUCCACCAGUCUCAGCCUGCGCAAAGUACUACGCCAGCUUCAAUUCCCCCUGGGACCGACUUAGAUCUCUCUCAGCCUGCCUCGGCAAGCCCGGAUACGUCGUCUCAAGUCCCUGACAUUCCUUACCCAAAUCAAUAUUUCGAGGAGAUGACGCUCUUUCACGACCGUACAUUGUCACUCAUAAAUCCGCAAACGUCGUUCCCUCUGGAUGAGACGGAUGGCUUUGCACAGGGCGACUGGUUUUCGCCUAUGGAUAUUCAGUGA